AUGUCCGGUCCCCUCUUUGGCCUCAUCCCCGCCGGCCUCCCCCUCAUCACCGACCCUUCCUCCACGCCGUCGCCCACCUCGCUCCUCUACGCCCUGCCCUCGCACCGCGCCUUUUCCCAUCUCGUGCUCUUUCUCCUCCCGGGCGUCUCCCUCCCCCCCGGCACCGCCGCCGCCAUCUACCUCGCCACGGCCGCGCAGGUUGCCGCUGCUGAGAACUCGGGCGCUCUGCCGCCGUUCAAGUUUCUCGGCGCCAUCGGCCCCGGAAAGGAGAGCGCCAUGUUCAAAGUCGGCAACACAAACAGCAACACGAGCGGUGGCGACGCGUCAGAAGCGGCGGCGCACCAUAGCCUGGUCAUUGGUGUAUCGAUCGAAGCCGAGGCAGAUGUGGCGCAAAAGAUGCAGGAGCUCGUCGCCAACAAGAACGCGUCAUCAUCGGGGUCGACGCAGCAGCAGCCGUCGACGGUGGUGCUGGCGCAGCGCAUCAUACAAAACGCAUUCAACUUUCUCACUGGAUUCAGCGGCACGGCUGGUCCUGGCGGCGUGGAAGUGGUACCGCUCAAGGCCUUUGAGGAGUGGUGGCGCAAGUUUGAGAAUCGCGUGCGCAACGAUCCCAGCUUCUUGGAAAAGCAGUCCGAUUAG